AUGGAUUCUAAGGAUGGGGCAUCUGACGAGGUCUUCCGCGAAACGUCAAAGCAACCUUAUCGACAUGAUACGGAGGCUGGUGAUGUGCCCUCCGAAGCGGAAAACCAAACCUACGGGCAUGUGGACAUGGAUCAGGAUGGCUUGAAUACGGAGGCAGAGGUAACAGAAAAUGGCAGAGUUAAUAUCCGCAUCAAUGAGCACGCACACGGCUUGGCCUCCCUGAUAGCAUCGGCGCUUCCUACAAAACCCAGACCCGAAGAUCCUUUACCACCUGCUUAUAUUCCGCCUUCGCUGGGGGUUGAGGGCGAGGCUCCACCGCCGCCUCUCAAUGUUGUUAUCCAUGUGGUUGGGUCAAGAGGAGAUGUGCAACCGUUCGUCGCCCUAGGAAAAGUUCUGAAGAAUAAAUUUGGUCACAGGGUGCGCCUGGCUACACACGGAACAUUCAGAGGGUUUGUGGAAGAGAAUGGGCUGGAGUUCUUCUGUAUCGGUGGGGACCCUGCAGAACUGAUGGCAUUCAUGGUCAAGAAUCCUGGGCUGAUGCCGGGUAAAACGGCAUUAAAGGACGGAGAGAUCACAAGAAGACGACAAGAGAUAGCUACUAUCAUCAAGGGUUGUUGGAGGUCGUGUUUUGAGGCAGGUGAUGGUACCGGUAUUCCUGUCUCAGACUCCAAACUCGAAGGCCUUUCUUUUACCGAGACUGCACCUCCAUUUGUUGCUGAUGCGAUUAUUGCGAAUCCGCCAAGUUUUGCUCAUGUUCACUGCGCACAGAAGAUGGGGAUCCCAUUACACCUGAUGUUCACUAUGCCGUGGUCACCUACCCGAGCCUUUCCUCACCCCCUUGCGAACAUCCAGUCCUCGAAUUGCGAUGUGUCAUUGACGAACUAUAUGACAUAUGCUCUCGUGGAAAUGAUGACUUGGCAAGGUCUGGGAGAUGUCAUCAACCACUUUAGAGAGCGCAGUUUAGGCCUGGAGCCGAUUAGCGUAACGUGGGCAGCGGUGAUGUUAGCGCGCCUUCGGAUACCCUACACAUACUGUUGGUCGCCGGCACUCAUCCCAAAGCCUAACGACUGGGGUGGCCAUAUUGAUGUAGCUGGAUUUUACUUCCUGUCACAGGCCUCUAAUUACACGCCGCCCGAAGACCUUGCCAACUUCCUUUCUUCAGGCCCAGCGCCCAUAUAUAUCGGCUUUGGGUCCAUUGUCGUCGAUGAUCCGAAUGGGCUAACUAAUACGAUCUUGGAUGCGGUCAGGAAAACUGGCCAGCGAGCCCUAGUUUCGAAGGGAUGGGGCGGCAUUGGAGCUGAAGACUUCGACGUACCAGAUGGCGUCUUCUUUAUAGGCAACUGUCCGCACGACUGGCUGUUCCAACGAGUAUCUUGCGUUGUUCACCAUGGAGGCGCAGGCACAACUGCUGCGGGGAUAGCAUUUGGGCGGCCAACUGUUAUAGUUCCUUUCUUCGGUGAUCAGCCAUUCUGGGGUUCAAUGAUCGCAAGAGCUGGAGCUGGACCAGAAUCUAUCCCAAACAAAGCGCUUACUGCUGAUAAAUUGGCAGAUGCCAUCACGGAAGCUCUUCAGCCGUCCGUGUUAGGGAAAGCAAGGGAACUGAGCGAAAGGAUGAAACAUGAACGUGGUACAGAUAUCGGAGCCACUUCAUUCCACCAAAAACUCCAUGUCGACAGUCUACGCUGCACUCUAGCCCCUAGCAAGGCAGCCACAUUCCAACUAAGGAAGACGGACAUCAGGCUGAGCGCCUUUGCUGUCGCUGCUCUCCUCAAUGAAGGAUUAAUUGAUCUCAAUGAUCUCAAAUUGUACCGAGCACGGGAGUAUGAUACGGACCCAGGUCCCUCGGAUCCCGUCACAGGUGGUGGUGCUGCUAUGAUCGGCAAUAUAGGAGACAUCAUGAUGAGCAUUGUCGACAUCCCUCACGAGGUCAAAAGGACUAUAAAGCCAUCUCGCACUUCCAGUAAGGGUGGCGAUUCUCCGAGUUCCUCGCAGCAGGUCAUGGAAAGUUCCCGUAAUCUCGAAUCUGAAUCGGAGAAGAGCUCUACAGAAUUGAGAACUACGAGGCACUCUGCUCUCAGUGGCGAGGAACGAUGUGAACCGACUACAUCCAAAGAAACGGGAUCAAGUUCACCUUCCAGGAAAUCUCAACAGAGUACGGCUACAGAAAGUGCUGAGAAAUUCAAUCUCGAAACGGCCAUUAAUUCGACACGAGCCGCAGGCAAGAUACUAAAUGUGGGCAUGAGAGCUCCUACCAUCUUUACUAUGGCAGUGGCUAGGGGUUUCCAUAACGCACCUCUCCUAUACGGGGAUGAUACAGUUCGAGAGCCACACAGGGUUACAGGAAUCAAGAGUGGUUUUAAGGCUGCUACAAAGGAGUUUGGCUACGGAUUUUUUGACGGUAUCUCUGGGCUCGCAACACAGCCUUUGGCUGGAGCCAAAAAGGAUGGCGCUGCAGGUGCCUUGAAGGGCUUCGGCAAAGGGAUCGGAGGCCUAGUCCUCAAGCCCGCCGCAGGUAUCUGGGCCUUAACCGGUUACACGAUGAGUGGUAUUUACAAGCAGAUACAAAAACAAUUCGGCGAAAACGUCGGCGGCUAUAUGAUUGCUUCUCGUUGUGCUCAAGGUGCAAUGGAAUACGAACGAGCAAGUGCUGGUGAACGCGAAGAUGUCAUCAGGCGAUGGCAAGAAGUGCAAGCCGGUCUCAAGGCGAAGCAGACUCGAGAUCAUUAUCGUACUAAAGGAAUCGUGCGUGAUUUGAGGUCAAAAGGUCUCUUCGAACAGUCAGCCAGCGGAAAGAGCGCGCUCUCCCCUGCCGCCGAAAGACUAGGCAGUCGGUCACCUGCGGCCAGCAAUCAAUCUGCUUCCAUCCCGCCUGAGUACGAAGAAGCAAUCCAUGAAUCCGUACGUCAGACGUCGAAGGGGAAUCCCGAGGAAGAUGAGAUGAUCGAACGUGCUUUGCGUGCUAGUGUGCUUGAGCUCGAAACCGCUGCGUCCGCUGGCGAGGACGAGGAAAGCGCUUACAACCGCGCUAUUGAAGCCAGCAUAAAAGAAGCAGAACGCGUAAAGAAUGAACGUGAAGGCCCUCAAAUUUUAUUGCCGAAUGCUGGCGGUACAACUGAAGCUACUCAGAAUUCCCCGGCUUAUCGACCAGAACUACCUCCACGUUCUGCUGUGGCUGGGUCAUCAGAUGAUGACGAAGAUGCGGAAUUACAACGCGCCAUUGCAGAGUCAAAGAGGAUACAUGAAGAAUCCCAGAAAAAAGCUCAAUCUGAGAAGUCAGAGAUGGAUAUCGUCAUGGAUUACAUCAAGAGACAGAGCCUUGCCGAAUACGAGUAUCAGCAACAGGCGAAAGCACGUGCUGACUCCAAUGCUAAUUAA